CUGCAUUUGGGUCCUGACAACAUUUUUUCACAGUAGGUAGACAAAAAGAUAAUGAUACGACUAAUUUGUCCCCAGUGUACAAGGUGAAGGUUGUGGAAUUUACAGAUGGUUUGUCCACUGAUAUUUACACAAUGGAAAUUCUGGAUGUGAUUAAAGAAGGGAGUAUCGAUAUUCGUCCAAUCCAUAAAACCCGUAAAUUUCUGAGUUACCCACAUUGCAGAAAAUCUUUGGGUCUGGAAGGUUCUAAAGGCAAACAUUACCUAAUUAUGGGCGCCUCAACAGAUACAUACAGAGAUGAAAACAAUACAUACCAGUAUGUGCUUGGUGAGCGAGCUUGGAUUGAGUACUGGCCAACAGUGGAAGAGUGUCAAACAGAUGAAUAUAGAGCAACAUGUAAGGGUCUGGACACAAUGGUGCAGGAAUACAGAAUCUUUGGAUGUAUGAAUUAACACAACUCUAGAGGAUACAAUUACUUGUUUCCAUUUUUGAAAGAAUUCUGCAUCAACCAUGUGAAACAUGAACUGUUUUGAAAUAUAAAGAUUUGAAAACACUA